GUGCCUUAGGACUUGACUUGCUCCACACCAUGAAGUCGAUGCUUGCAUUAGUGGUCAUGGCCGUCGUGGCCACCCUUUGUCAGACCGGUGUACAUGCUGGCUACGGCUAUGGUGGUGGACACGGCGGUGGACAUGGUGGUGGAUACGGCUACGGAGGAGGACAUGGAGGCUAUGGCUAUGCCAGCGGAGUAUCUACCAACAACUUCCACCUCGCUGGUCCCAGAUAUGGCGGGAUUAUCGGAUAUGGCCAUGGCGGAGGAUAUGGCCACGGCGGAGGAUAUGGCCAUGGUGGCGGCUAUGGCUACGGAGGAGGCUACGGAGGAGGCUACGGAGGAUAUGGUGGCGGCCAUGGUGGAUAUGGAUACGGCAAGUAAACGACCCGACACUACGACCAAAGCUAACAUAACAUAAUUUAAUAUUACCAACGAUGUUCCUGAAGUUCACACAGCACGACCUUCCACGUGUACAUAGAACUAAAUAAAAUAUUUGUUAAUGUGUCAGUUUCUUUACUCUGUGCUUAGUAAAUAUUUUAUUGAUCCAGAGAACCAUUCAAGGUAGGGGGGAGAGGAGCCUUAGUUCUGGUGAAUGACUCUUGAUCCAAGGAAUUUUAGUUAAACUCUUGUUCUUCUGAUCACACCGAAUUUGCUUUCAUUUCUCAUUCGCUGUGCAAUUUCUUCCUAGUUUAGAACUUACCUGUGACUAUAAUAAUGUUAUUUUUGAGAAGCAGACGCUGUGGGUACUCAGGUGUCCAUCAUUAGAACUGCAUAAUAUCAGAAAUUUCCCAUUACAAUUUUUGGAAACAUCA